GCGUGAGCGUGAUCGUCCCAGCAGAGCUCCAUCGUUUUCAGCAGCAUGCACACAUGGCCCGCCCGCGCCCGCUAACCUAGACAUGCCAGCCACGCACACCUCUCCACGCCGACACACGAGCGAGCUACCACACCACCGGCUGCUGCUGCUUCACCUGCGCACGCACCACCGUCUCCGCCUCCGCCUCUUUAUAAGCAAGGAGGAACACGCACCGCCGCAGACACACACCAGCAGCGCAGCGAGCUCCAUCGAUCGGCGGAGGCAGGCAUGGCGCCCAGCUUCGCCCGCUCCAUCUCCUUCCCUCUGAGCCCCUCCAGGUCGUCGUCGACCAAGUCCCGCGCGGCGUCCGGUUACCACGCCCGGUCCGUCAGCCUCCCGUGCCGCUCCCACCCGAUCCUCGCGCACCUCCACGCGCACAUCAGCGCCGUGCGCGCGUGGGCGCAGGACCCGGCCGCCACCGGCGCCGCCACGGGCCUCGCGCACGUGGACGCGCUCCACGCCGCGCUCGGCGACCUCCUGGACCUCCCCGAGGCGCAGGCCGCGCUCACCCUCUCCGCCACCGGCGACCGCCUCCUGGACGCCUUCCUCCGGCUCGCCGACGCGCACGGCAGCUUCCAGGAGGCCGUGGUGGAGCUGAAGCGGGACGUGGCCGAGGCGUUGGCCGCCGUGCGCCGCCGCGACGGCGCGCGCCUGGCGUCCGCGCUCAGGUCGCAGCGCAAGGCCGGCAAGGACCUCGCCCGUCUCGCGGCCUCCGCUGCCAGGGACGGCGCGGGCGCCGGCAGCAGCAGGCCCUCACGCCUCGGCCUCGGCAGCACGGCGGAGGUUGAGGUGGCCGGGCUGCUGGCCGAGGCCGCCGCCGCCACGGCCGCUGCGUUGGCCGCGCUGUUCGGCACCGUCGCCGCCAUGUCCGCGUCGGCCUCCGCCGCCGCGUGCUCCUGCAAGAGGACCGCGGCGCUCAUGUGCCGCGCCAAGAAGGUGUCGGAGGAAGAGAUGGAGACGGUGGCGCUCGUGGAGCGGCUGGAGGAGUGCAUCGACGGCCUGGAGGCCGGCAGCGACAAGGUGUUCAGGAGCCUCGUGCAGACCAGGGUUGCGCUGCUCAACAUACACACCCACAUCUUCUAGCAGCACCAGCUUCCAAUCUAAUCAGUUAAUCUCUCCAAUCUAGUAAAUCAUAACACAUGCAUGUGCAUGCUGUUUACUUGUUGAUGAUUAGCAGUCAGAAAUUAAGAUGCAUAAGUGUAACUGUAACUCUGUAAAUACGUGAGGUUUUUGUGCAGUUACGCUUGUGUAUAUAUGUUUCCGCCUGCUGCAUCAUCAUUAUGUGUGAUGUGUCUGCAACACUACAACAUGAAGGCAUUUUGUCAAAGGCAUUUCUUUAAAGUGCCUUAAUUUCUUAUUAUAUAAAGGCAUUUAUUUUAAAAAGCCUCUAAAAAUAUAUUUUUGAAGGUCAAAUUGAAAAACGCCUCAAUUAGUUAUAACAAUUAAAGGCACUUUGGAAAAAAUGCCUCAAUAAGCUACAACUAUUUGAGGCAUUUUUCUAAAAACGCCUUUACUGUCUUACGCGUUAGUUCUGUUUGGAGUGGUACAAACCAUCACGAUCACGGUCACGCGCGGCAGCUAGUCCAUCAGAAAAAAUACUGGAAUAUGAAAAUAUAUGGAUAGCAUAUCACGCUUUGCGAUCAGCGCAGGGCCGCAGUCUAUACAUGUCUUCGUCCACCCGCACCGCCCGCCUACCCCUGAUCCAGUCACCCUCCGUCGCCGCCUACUCCCCGCGCCCAUACCCGCGCCGAUGGCCACCCCUGCUGCCCUAGCUCCACCCCGCACUUGCACACGGAUCACGCUCGCCCCCGCCACCCUGGCUCCGCCCCGCCCUUGCACACGGAUCUGGCUGUGCCCACCCCGCCCUGCUCCAGCUAUUCGUUUAAUUUCACCGCCGAGGAACUGCCGCCCAUGGAGGUGCUCGCCUUCCGGUGGUGGGAGGACGAGCCGAGAGCUCGUGUCCAUGAAGACUUCGGAGGCGGAGGUGGAGCUGGAUGAGGACGACAACGAGGAGCCGCCAUGGCUCCGCCCACCACCGCUGCAAUAGCUCCGCCCCGCCCUUGCAAUCGGACCUGGCCGCCUCCGCCCCCCGCCCUCGAUCCUGACCCCUCUCCGCCGGGUGUUGGUAUUCGUGGAGCGGUGACGACCAAACGUCCACACUGCCAUGUCGCCACGUCGCUCUUGCGGCUCGCCUCGAUCCGCCGCAGCACCAACAGCCUGUGGAAGCCAAACCGCCCGCACCCUCCCUGACUCCGGCUCCAGCUCUGCUUCCCCAUGUCGCUUCAGCUCCCCUCCUGCCCCUGCUCAUGCAUAGGUGCAGAUACCACACAUCAUUUAGGCGACCUCCGUCCAUUGCCGAUCUGCGUUGCUGGGAAUCCAGAAACUGGAAUUCAUAAAUAUCUACAAUAUUGGAUCUACUGGACUUGCCAAAACUUGUAGGUCCUUUUGAAUCAUAGUUUGCAUUGAAUGCUAUUUUUUGUGCCAAGAUAAAUACUCUGAAGGAAGUGCCAUAACUCACUACAGUGAAUCUGAUUCUAUAUCCAGUUAGCAGAUAUUUGGAGAUCAGGAAGGAUGGCAUUGAGGCAAGUGGGGACAGCAGGAAGGAUGGCGAUGAGGCAACAUCUAUUCAGUUAGAUUUAUACUUAUAUAUGGUGGGUGUGUGAGGGCGUGGUGUGAACAUGUCAUACUUUUUAUCCUAGAGGGAGCAGAAAACCUGAGAACCUAACAAUUGUAGUGGGUAUUUGGAGAUGAAAGCUUAUGUCUGUACGAAAGAUUUUAAAGUUUCGAUGCAUCCAAUGUUAAUGUUAAUGUGUGCUCUCAUUGUUAA